AGGGGUUUGUGUGUUGGGGAGAUCGGCCGACACGGAAGACGGUCUCGUCAAGAGGCCAGGAGUAAAAUUACAGUUGAUUAGAUAUGGAUUCCCAUGCCCACCCUCGGACCAUGGGAGCCCGAUUGGAAUUUGGAUGUCGGUCCCAGUUGACUGCUUGCAACCUUGGUGCUUGACGGCUUGGUUUUCGGUGGGGAGAGGAGCCGAUAGGAAGGCAGAGAAAGGAGCACAGAUCAGGCGAAAAGCGAAGGAUGUCUUCGCGGCAAUCGGGGAAGGAGCCCAAGGCAACGGACGGGGAGAUGGUCACCAUCACCCUCAAACCGAUCGGUCCUUCCCGCCCUCGUCGCCUUCAGCUUUGCUCGCCCAUUGAGGUUCAUGAUCUGAGAGAUUUGGUUGCUGCAGAGCUCCAAUUGCCAGUUGAGCAUUUGAAGCUUGUUUUACAUGGCAAAGUGUUAAGCAUACCAAAUGGGAAUGAUGCAGUCAUCAGUCUUCAUGAAGGAGAUACUUUGAUAAUUGCUGUAGCCCCGAGUCGGCCACCAAAGCAUAUUCGUGAUCCAUACGGCGAUGAAGAUGAUGAUCUGAAAUUUCAUAUUCCAGAGACGGCAAGUCGAGUAACACAGAAGGUCUUUUUCUUUCUCAGAGACAAAGUGAGGAUCCCUGAUGUAAUCUUGAUGGCUAUAUUCACCAUUAGUUUGAAGAUGUGGGCAAUCAUUAUCAUGUGGUUUAUACUGGCUCCUAUUGCUUACGAAUGGCAUAUAGGUCCACUAUAUAUACUCGGGACAGGUUUUUGUAUUAUUCUGUUUAAUCUUGGACAAAGACGACAAGGAGACCUUAGUGCAUAUUCUAUCUUCAACGAUGGUUUUAGAGAACUUCCUGGAACGCUCAAUGCAGAUCGCCUUGACAGAGACAUAAGAGCAGGCCAGUUUUGAGCCUCUGGCACCUUGCAGGCUAAUGUUUUGUACAGUAAUACAAAAACUUGGCACAAGUGUGUAGAGUUUCUGCCCAGGGACUGGAUGGAUCCAAAGAGCACCACCAAGGAAAAUGAUUCAGCCCAUUUACUGUUAACAAACCACAGCACCCUUCAGGGUUCAUGGUCUUUCGUAUUUUUGAAGCCAAUGUUAUUGUUCAUUUCACGUUUCUGGAUCUUUUUGGAGUUCUCUGUUGCCUCAGUUCUUGUCGGGCUAUGUCGAAUCGGUCCAGUGUUCUCAGGUUAUUUGAGUUUAGAUGCUUGUUUUUUCUCA